CAGUCUGGUACACACCCAAGAAGAAGAGAAGAACCGUGGUUGUAGUUCUAAGCGGCGAGCAGGUAGUGUAGGGAGAACCGAGCUGCUCUUUACGGAACACCGACAGAGGAGGCGAGCCCACUCGGAGCAGCGGGGAGGCGGUCAGCGUGUCUGUGUGGGUCCGGGAGCGGAGGGAAGAUGAGUGACGCCGGUGUGGACACGAGCACGCUCUGCCUCUUUGACGUUGACGGCACGCUUACGGCCGCGAGACAGCGGGUGACCCCGGACAUGGCAGAGUUCCUCCAGAAGCUGAGGACUCGGGUUCGGGUCGGCGUCGUCGGAGGGUCCGACCUCAGCAAGAUCAAGGAGCAGCUGGGAGACGACGUGAUCCAGAAGGUGGACUACGUGUUUGCUGAGAACGGCCUGGUGGCGUAUAAGAGCGGACAGUUACACUCUGUGCAGUCCAUUCAGGCCCACAUGGGGGAGGAGCUGCUGCAAGACUUCAUAAACUUCUGUCUGAACUACAUGGCCAAGAUCAAACUGCCCAAGAAAAGGGGCACCUUCGUGGAGUUUCGUAACGGGAUGCUGAACGUGUCUCCGAUCGGACGCAGCUGCACGCAAGAGGAGCGGAUCGAGUUCUACGAGCUGGACAAGAAGGAGAAAAUCCGAGAGACGUUUGUGUCCGUGUUGCAGGAGGAGUUCAAAGGAAAAGGACUCUCGUUUUCCAUCGGAGGUCAGAUCAGCUUUGACGUGUUUCCUGACGGCUGGGAUAAAAGGUACUGCCUCGGCAUCGUGGAGAAGGACGACUACUCCACCAUCCACUUCUUUGGAGACAAGACCAAACCUGGAGGAAACGAUUACGAGAUCUACUGCGACCCCCGGACCGUCGGCCACGAGGUGUCCAGCCCGGAGGAGACGCGGCGCCUGUGCGAGCAGCUCUUCUUCUCCUGAGCUCAAACGCCUGCCAGCUGUGACUGCGCGUCACCUAUAACAACAGACGGGAGGAGGAGCUGAUGAACGCUGACGUGACUUUUUGAUUGUAGCUGCUUGUUUGGUCGGGGUUGGUGGGUUUGUCUUUCUGUGAUCUGUGUGUUUGAUUCCACGGGACACGCUGAGCCUCCGCGUACGGAGGACUGUUCGGGGAAGCCCCUCCAGCCUCACGCUGUGGGCGGAGUGAGGAAGUGGGCGGAGCAAUGACACACAGCUGUGGUUUACCAUCCUCCUGUCUGAGUGUAAAUAAAGGUGGGUGACAUCACAGCUGUACUGGAACGGUUCGCCACUCUGUUGUCCAUCUUUGUUAUACAGUCUGUGUUUCCAGGAGUGAAGUAGCAGCUGAUCCUGUUACGACGAGGCCGUUUUAUGCAACGUGGAAAAUCAUAGCCAUGCUUUAAAUAAUCAUGUGAUGUUUCUGUACAUGACGACGUUACUGUUAACAGCGAGGGGAAUAAAAGGGAGCCGACGCUCUGAAACGCGACUCGUUCUUACGGCGAUUUCCCUCCAAAGACCAAAAGAGUUCAUCCCAGAUGUGAUCCAGCAGCUAACGGGAAGGACGUGGAUUUGAAAAGGACGAAUCAUAGAGAUUAAUCUUCAUCCAUUCACUUGAUUCUCCUUUAUUUUGAAAAACCUGUUUUUAAAUUUUCAAAAUAAUAUUUUUAACAAAGAUUUUUGAGUGAUUUGAUUUUUUUUUUAAAUGUAAAUCCAUUUUCCUUUCAGCUUUUAAUAGUUCCUUAAUUACUUUAUUUAGAUAAUAAUUUAUAAUUGGAAUUACUAAUGCAUAUUUUAUUGCCCCAAUUAAUUAUUAACUCAUGAAAUGUUUAGACUUUCUUGGUCCUCCAUAUUUAUUAAACUUGUCUCGUAAUUUAACGAUUGCAUUCGAUACAUCACCAGAAGCUACAUCCAUCUUUGAUAUACAGUCUGUGUUUCUGUGAGCUUGCCUGAAGCUGAAAAUGUUUAUUUGCAUGAUUUAAUUUUCCAGGAUUAUAAACACAUAAAGGAAUAAACUUAGAUAUUAAAUAUG